UGAGUCAUGUUACCACGGCCGUUACGUUGUUAAAUAUCUAUCCCAUUCGCUCUCAUCUUCUCCACUUUCUUUCCUCCUCCGAAAACAGCGCGAGGAAGAGCCAGAAACGAGAGGGCUUCGGCAUGGCCGGCUCGAACACCGGAGGAGGCGUCAAGGUCGAACAAGAUUCAGAGUACCCAACACAAAGCACUGCUGACAUGACUGCAUUUGUCCAAAACCUUCUUGUGCAAAUGCAAAAUAGGUUCCAGGCUAUGUCCGAGGGCAUUCUUUUGAAGAUAGAUGACAUGGGAAGCAAGAUUGAUGAACUGGAGCAGAGCAUCAACGACCUCAAAGCUGAGAUUGGGGUGGAGGAUGCAGCAAAACCAAAGCCACAGGAAGACAAGCUCUCUCAUGAUGCUGCAUGAGGUAAUCAACCAUGGCUCAACUAUUUUUAAGAGUGUGAUUCUGUCAUUAAUAUGUUACUUAUACUUUGGCAGUGUUUCUGGAAGACUAAUUAAUUAUUAUGAACAAUUAAUUUAAUUACAUUAUUAUGGUUUUCUUA